UGAUGUUCAUGAGACGGGAGUGAAUUCAGAACGGAGGGAGAAACCAAAGCAGUUACACGUUAUGAACAAAGAAAACAACAUACCGUACGCAUCAUAAAUACCACAACUAUUGCAGUUACCCGAAAAAAAAGACAAGAGUGGUUACUCUUAUUGCUGUUGUUCCAUCCCCAACUAUUCCCAAUUUAAAAACAACCUCAAAGGAGAAACAACACAGGGAGAGGGGAAAAUGAGAAUGAGGAAGAAACGAGAAGGGGAAGAGAGGAAGAAAGCAGGGGUAAAAGGGCCAUGGAGACCAGAACAAGACGCCCAACUGGUGAAACUCGUCCAUCAAUACGGCCCUCGCAACUGGUCCCUCAUCAGCUCACUCAUCCCCGGUCGAACCGGCAAGUCCUGCAGGCUAAGGUGGUGCAACCAGCUCAGACCCGAGGUUCACCACCGGCCCUACACCCUCGAAGAAGAUAACCUCAUCGUUCAAGCCCACGCCAUUCACGGCAACAAGUGGGCGACCAUUGCCCGUCUCCUCCCCGGACGAACCGACAACGCUGUCAAAAACCGGUGGAACUCUGCCCUCCAACGCAGGCCGCAUCUCGAUCCAGCCAAAGGGUUUAACCCUUUCGGGGCGACACAGAACAAGAGACAGCGUCUCGAUUCAUCCAACAAUGGAGAUUCUGUGGCAGGAAAACCCGCAGAAGCAAACGCAAUGCAACCAAAAGCAGAGGAAGAGAGAAAAUGCAUGAUGCAAAUCUUGCAGCAGAUGAUAGCUCAGGAAGUUAAGAGCUAUAUUGAUGGCCUCGUAUCAGAGGCUAAGGACAACUUAGCCAUAUGAGUUCCAACCAAUGUACUAAAACAAUCUUCGAUGAGGCUUAUGACAAAUACGAGCCCUCGAAAUUUUCUGCCGAUCCAAAGAUUUCGGAUCAUUUAUCAGUUAUCAAAAUCGCUAAAAGUACUCAACUUUAUCCUAUGCUUUCAUCAAUCAAGAGGGUAUAAUAAUCACCAUAUUAGCAUAAUUGAGGAACGAACGAGAGGAUAAAAAAACCACGAGCAGUUGAUGAAACAAUCGGAAAAAGACCGAUUAUGAUCAAAACCCAUAUGGAUUUUUCCACGAAAUCGACGGAAUAAUUGAAGCACAAACAUAAAUUCUGAUUCGGUCUUUCAAAACAGUACGACGAUAGGUUCAAGAUUCAGACGAAACUCAAACUAGAAAACUUGAAGCUCCGAAAAAAAAAA